AUGGACCUUGCUCACUCCGGUGACACAGUACCCCCGGUGCCCAAGCUACGCAAAUCUGAGGAUAUGGUCUGGAAGGCGGCGGAGCAACUUGUUGGGCAUAAAGACUCACAGGAGAAUGGGACUUGUGCUCCACUGAUUCCCCUUCACAACGCAACUGCUGAGGAUCUUGACACAGAUGAGCUUAUCCGCCAGGCCGAAGGCUCAGCGCCAGAAGUGACCCUUGACGAUCUUGAGCACACGGAGGCCGAAGCUAGCAUAUUCCACCAGUGCUUGGUUCAUUGUAUCAUGCGUAUUGCAGUGCAAUAUGGUAGAGCUGGGCUAGGCCGACUUGCAGGAGAAGUGUCAGCAUGUUCACCCACCACGGAAUCAAAAAUUGAAGUUUAUACCACCGAGUUUCACCCCCUGCCUGCGAUGAACAUAGACGAGUCCUCGACAAUAGGGAAUGCUGAUGUGAUCAUGGAGGUUCUACAGGAGCUCCAUAUCGAUACAUCUUCCCCAUCUUUCUAUGGCUCCGCAAAGCUGAUUGCGGGUAACCAGCUAUCUCUGGUUCGUGAUCGAGCACUGGAGGUAGCGCGUGCGGGGAAUGAGGGUAGUGCAGAAGCGCUGCGGUGGGCCUGCUGGGUUCCGGGCCUAUUUCACUACAAGAUGGCUGCGACUAAUGGGAUGAUGCUAACACACCUUGGCUUGUCUAACCACGACUUAUCAAAUCCCGCCUCUCUCGCCGCACACAAUGCUGUCCUCGAGCGGAAACACAUCACGGUGUCGUCGCUGCCACCUUUCCGCAAACCCUCACUCGAAAAGCUGGCAGACGGUGUGACACUGCGGGAGCUAAAGCGUUACGCGGAGGCGGUGGUGUCCGCAUACGCAAACAGCCAAACAGUGGAAGAUCUCCGUGAUGCUCGCGACGAGAACUUAUGCCCACCCUUUCAUGGAACAAAGGCUGCACGAGGAGACAUGGUGUUUGAGAAUGCCAUUCUCUUCCUUCGCGACGCCCUCAUUCUGCGCGAGUUCACUGAUGCCGUGAAGGCAGGCGACUCGGGCCGUGUCCUCCUUGUCCUCAAGAUAUGGGUGUUUAUCUACCGUGGGGCGGUGCGGGCUAAAUAUGCGUACGAGACCCUCAAUCUCAUCCAUAAUCUGCAAAGAGUAUGUCCAAAGCGUUUAAAACGUGUUAUUAUGAAUAAUUGGUUGGUUAACCCAACUGGUGUACCCAACGCAUUUGUGGAAGUCGACCUACUGCAGGAACACCUUAACUACUGGGUAAAGAUAUUUUGUCGCGCUCACGGAUCAAACGCGUCAUGGGAGUGGCUCGAAGUCGUCGCUCCAUGCGUCAAUGUCCUUCGCAAGCUAUCGAACAAGAUAAAUGCGGCCCUUGGCUCAAAACAAGGAAAUCACCACGCAGCGGCUGACCUCAGCGCGGACAUCACUACGUGA